AUGGCCGAUACUUCACAACGACAUCCGAACCUCAAUCUUACGCAGGAGGAAAAGCGCGUCUUCUACCAGCUUUUUCAGGUAGCAGACACUACCAACCUGGGCGUCAUCACCGGCGAGAUUGCGGUUCCCUUUUUCGAGAAGACAAAGCUUCCGUCCGGUACUCUCGGAGAGAUAUGGCAGCUUGCGGACAAAGAGAACAGGGGUCUUCUGACCCCGUCUGGGUUUGGCAUUGUGCUACGAUUAAUUGGACAUGCCCAGGCUGGGCGUCAGCCCUCUGAUGAAUUGGCUCUGCAGCCUGGCCCCCUGCCCCGAUUUGAAGGCGUUUCGGUAGAUAUGUCCGCGCCUAUCCCGGAGUCCGGUACCAUGAGCCCUCCACCGGGCGCUGGUCCCCCAAUUCGAGUCCCGCCCCUGCAGCCCGAUGAUGCCCAGAAAUUCGUCUCUUUGUUCGAGAAGUCGGACGUCCAGAAUGGGAUGCUUCCGGGCGAGACCGCCAAGCAGAUCUUCGAGCGCGCCAGACUACCUAAUGAGGUCCUUGGUCGGAUUUGGUUCCUUUCCGAUACCAAGCAGCGCGGAGCUCUCGAUGCUACGGAAUUUAUUAUUGCUAUGCAUCUCCUGACUUCUUACAAGUCGGGUGCCCUGCGGGGCAUUCCCCAGACUCUGCCUCCUGGUCUAUAUGAUGCUGCAGCUCGCCGAGGCUCUGGCAGGGGGUCGUUUGGAUCGCGUGCCGAUGUUCCUCCUGUCCCGGCAAUCCCUAAGCAGUUCACUGGCCCCCAGCGGACUGCCAGCCCUAUGAGCCCCACUAUUCGGACCCAAUUUAGCGGCCAGCUGUCAGCUCAGACUACUGGGGAUUGGCUGGUCACCCCUCAGGAGAAGAUGCAUUUUGACACCAUCUUCGAGACCGUCGACACAGCCAAGGUGGGUGUGAUUACGGGUGACCAGGCCGUCGCAUUCUUUAUGAAGGCCCAGCUGCCCGAGGAGGUUCUUGCACAAAUCUGGGACCUUGCUGAUAUCGAUGCCGAUGGCCAAUUGACUCGCGAGGAGUUUGCCGUCGCCAUGUAUCUCGUGCGCAUUCAGCGCAGUGGAAAGGAGACUUUGCCGCAGGUCCUUCCUCCGGCUCUGAUCCCGCCCAACAUGCGCCGUCAGGCCCCUGUACCUGCUACUGCACCAGUCCCUGCUCCAGCACCUCCCGCGACUGCUCCUAUACCGCGAUCUGCUGCGGAUGAUCUUUUUGGCCUGGACUCGCCCCCUAGUGCGCCGACUCAGCUGCCCCAGGCUACUGGCGGUUCCAACUCCGCAUUCCAAACACCUGGUUCACCUGCCUCUAGACUUUCUCCGCAGCCCACUUCUUCUACAACCUUCAAGCCAUUCAUUCCAACAUCCUCCUUUGGACAAAGUCUGCAGCCCCAACAAACGGGCACAUCGGCAAGUACACCCACUGCGGUUCGCUCGCCUCCGCCCCCGGCAGAUGACCUCUUGGGUGACAAUGAUCCCGAAGAAUCGGAGAAGCUCACCAGCGAGACUACUGAUCUUGCAAAUCUGUCGAAUCAGAUUGGCUCUUUGGCGAGGGAGAUGCAUAAUGUGCAAGAGAAACGCACGUCUGCUGAGCAGGGCAUCUCUCAGACGUCGCAACAGAAGCGCGAUUUCGAGAACCGCCUUGCACAAGCACGUACAAUGUAUGAGCAGGAGGUAGCCAACUUCAAGGCCCUCGAGGAGCGACUGAGGACCUCCAAGGCCGAGACUGCUAAGUUGCAGCAGGAGUAUGCCUUGAUUGAGGGCAGCCGCCAGGACCUGCAGAACCAGUAUACCCAGGUCUCAACAGCACUGGCUGCUGACCAGCAGGAGAACGCCAGCCUGAAGGAGAAGCUGCGCCAGGCGAAUGCAGAGGUUGCCCAGCUCAAGCCGGCGCUCGAGAAGGCGCGCUCCGAUGCUCGACAGCAGAAGGGUCUCGUUGCAAUCAACAAAAAGCAGCUUGCUACAGUUGAGGGUGAACGGGACAAGGUGCAGGCUGAGAUCGAUAGCCUUGCACGGGAUUCUCCCCAGUACGCCGAGGAAUCCGCCACGGCCGUCAGCGCUGCUGACGUUACCAGCCCUGCUGUCUCUACUGCAAGCCACAAUACCAAUCCCUUCUUCCGGCGAACUGCCACGGGCUCAAGCGAGCACGCUCGCUCCCCCGAGCCUCCAAGUGACCAGCAGAAGGCAUUCGACAGCCUCUUCGGCCAGUCCUUCGUUGGUGGGGCCAACGGCCCGCCACCAACUUCGUUCCGUGCCGACUCGCCUGCCACCUCCAAUAUCCCAACUCCUUCUGUGUCGCCGCCUCCUGGAGCUUUGCCUGGCGCUUUCCCUGGCCUGGCGUCUGAUAUCCCGCCGCCCAGCCAGUCACGCCAGCUCACCCCGAAUUUUCUUCCCUGUCAUGAAAACCAGUCCGUGACCUCGUCUACUAUGGUCUCGCCCCCUGGUAGUCGAUUUGGUGGUCCUGCGACCUCGGGGUUUGACUCUCCAUCCAUGACGAAUGUCAGCGACACAGGAGCACCAUCCGUGAGUGAAUCUAGUGACUACAGCCGCCCGCCGGCGACAGGCUCCUUUGAAGGAACCCCGGCACGAUCUCCAUUCGACGAGAUUCCGGAACCCACUGUAGCAGCAGCAACAGCAGCAGCAGCAGCAGAAUCUACUGUCUCUCCUACUUCGGAGAACCAGGAAACCGGCAAAGAUCUGUCAUUUGACGAGCUGUUCGGUAGCAAGGCACACAAGCGGUCGGAAUCCCAGAAGGAAAACGAUUUCGAAGAGGCAUUCGCAACCCUGAAGCAGAACCCUGGGUCUGAGAAUGCUAAUGGAGCUUCUGCGGUUCCUACCUCGGAGUUCCCUCCCAUCCAGGAAUUCCACGACGACGAGGAUGAAGAGAGCUCGGAUGAUGAGGCUCCGAUGGGGUUUGAUGACGACUUCACCCAAGUCUCAUCGGCCACUGCCAAGAAAGAGAAGCAGCCCGAGUCCCUCGAUGCUGCCCAGCUUGCUGCCUUCCCUGCCCCGGGAUCAUCUGUGCCCCAGCCAGCAGCCCCCACUACAUUUGUGCCCCAACCAGCAGCUCCCACAACAUCUGUGCCUCAGCCACCCGCUCCCGAUGCUCAGGCAAGCCCUCCCAAGUAUGAGACUAGUGCUUCCGAAGAGGCUAGUCACGUUCCCCCGGAGUUCAACGGCCUCCUGCCCGAGCGGUCCGAUCCCACCGCUGCCCCGGAUGCUCCUCACUCGAUUGAAUCGAGUACUGGAGCUCCGAUGAUUAACAAUGUGCCUCAGCAUGAUGAUACGCCCUUGAGUGCUGCUGCACCUGGUGGAUCCAAAGGUGGCCCUGACUUCGAGGCAGCUUUUGCUAACUUGAACCUCGCGCCAGCGGCGGAGGCGGAGGACGAGGAUGAUGACGAGCCCGCGGGCCAAGCUCACAAGAAUGCUCCCGAUUUUGACUUCUCCUUCGAUUCCCCAUCCCACAAGAACACCGCUUCCCCUAGCAUUGAUGCUGGCCAGAGUGGCUCGUCUGACUUCUUCUCCUUCGAAAACAACAACGUUCACGCGUCGACUGCCCAGACCACUUCCUCACCCACUGGGGGCGACUCCAAAGCCGGGGAACAUGACUGGGAUACUCUGUUUGCACCCCUCGACGGCUCCAAGCCGGCAACUAGCGAGGAGCCUACCAAUGGGUCGGACCCCAAGAGGCCUGGAUGGGCUCUCAACACCGACACGGGCGAGGAUGAUCUGAUAUUGCAGCGACUAACGGGCAUGGGAUUCCCGCGAGACGAUGCACUCGCAGCUCUGGAGAAGUUUGACUACAACCUUGACAAGGCGGCUGAUUACCUGACCACCAAGUGA